GGCCGGAGCCGCCGCCGCCUGGCACCGGGGCUGCGCGGCGCUGGCUCGGGGCCGGCAGCGGGCGAUGCUCCGGGGCUGGGCGCGGGGAGGCUGGUGCCGGGAAGAUGCCGGUGAAGAACAGGUACAACCUGGUGGACGAUGGCUGCGACUCGCGGGUCCCUCUGCACAACGAAGACGCCUUCCAGCACGGGAUCCACUUCCAGGCCAAGUACAUCGGUAGUCUGGAUGUGCCGAGACCCAACAGCCGUGUGGAGAUUGUAGCAGCCAUGAGACGGAUUCGGUAUGAAUUCAAAGCAAAGAACAUCAAGAAGAAGAAAGUGAGCAUCAUCGUUUCUGUGGAUGGGGUGAAGGUGAUUCUGCGCAAGAAGCAGAAGAGAAAAGAAUGGACCUGGGACGAGAGUAAGAUGUUAGUGAUGCACGAUCCUGUCUACAGGAUCUUCUAUGUGUCGCACGACUCGCAGGACCUCAAGAUUUUCAGUUACAUUGCAAGGGAUGGCGCCAACAACUCGUUCAGAUGCAACGUUUUCAAAUCCAAAAAGAAGAGCCAGGCCAUGCGGGUGGUGCGGACAGUGGGCCAGGCCUUCGAGGUGUGUCACAAGCUGAGCCUGCAGCACGCACUGCAGAACGCGGACGGCCAGGCGGACGGCGCCAGCGACAAGUCUGUGGAAGAGCAGCCUCUAGAAGUUCACCAGCAGGGAGGAGCCAAGAUAGUGGAUGUUGAUGAGGCUGACGUGGACUCCGAUGGCAUCGUCCUGUCUGACAGGGGGACUGAAGAGUUGCCGUCCCCCAUGGGGGAGCUGGGCAUCCUGAAAUCCGGACAGAUCUUAACAGACAAGAGCUGUCAGGAUGCUGAAAACUGCUCCAUCUACCCCUCCGUGUCCCAGCAACUGCUGAGUGCAAGCAGCCCCUCCUCCUCUGCCUCGGCAACCCCGCUGGCCUCCCAGCACUGCCUGCAGCUCCUCCAGCACCAGCUACUGCAGCAGCAGCAACAGACACAGGUGGCUGUGGCACAGGUGCAGCUGCUGAAAGACCAGCUGGCUGCCGAAACAGCCGCCCGCAUCGAGGCUCAGGCCCGGGUGCGCCAGCUGCUGCUGACCAACCGCGACCUGCUGCAGCACGUCUCUCUGCUGGUGAAGCAGCUGAAGGAGCUGGAGAUCAAGGUGCAACACAGGCAGCCAGUUGACAGAUCCUUGCAGAACCUGUCCCUGGCUCAGUCCCUGUCUCUGAACCUGAAGAACCAUUACAGCCUGGAAAUCAACCUGCCCUCCACCUCCACCCCAGCCAGUGUCCUGGGCAGCCCACUGGCCCCUGGCUCGCUGGCUCUGCUGAGCACCAGCGCCUCCUACCUCAACCUCCUGAGUCUGGAGAAAGGUGGCAGGGACCCUGUCGCCACGGACGGGGACGAGCGCCUGGUGGUGCUGGAGGGGCAGGAUGGUCUGUACCGGCGGGUGGAGGGCUCCGAGGUCAGCGACCAGGCUCUGCUCAAUGGCGGCGGCAGGCAGAAGGCAGGCGACCCGAGCAGCAGAGCAGAGGACGAGAGGUCGCAGCAGCCCAUCCCCAAGCUCAACCCCCCUCCGCCCAUCCUGCGGAAGAGGUCGAGCAAGACGUCCCCGAGCCUGGAGGUGGAACCCAAGCCUGAGAACGCUGCUCCCACGACGCUGCCCAGCCCCAACGCAUCCAGUCUCACCAACGUCACCACCCGCUCGCUCACCAGCACGGAGUUCGAGUCAGACGCCAGGACUCCUGCCCCAGGCACAGAGCUCUUCCCCAACCAGGGGGCCCGGCCGGCAUGGGGCGAGAACAGCCAUGCGACCCCCAUGUCUGGCACCUACCGUCCUUCGGAAGGGGCCCCUGCACCUGGCGAGAUGGCUAGCAAGAACCCAGCGAGACACCCGGCAGGCACAGCCUGCACCAUGGACAGCACCUUGCCGUUCUCCUCCGCGGGCACCGAAACCUGCUUGCACAUCAGCUUCUCAGAGGAUGAGCUGCUGGAGAACGAGGUGGAUGAGGCCAGGGGACUCAGCAGGGUCCCUGCUUAGCCCCCAGUUAACUGGCAAGCUGUGCCGGUGCCAUCAUUACCCGGUGUUAGAAUUUAAAUUGGCACAGACUUCGGGGUAACUAGAGUUCUUAGUACUUAGCCCAGGAAGCAGGUUGCUUCCCCUGGCUUCUCUGCAACACGUAGCAGCCAGGCUGGUUUCGUAACGCCCUCCCCAACAGGCUGCUGGGUGCUACAGGACGAGGCCAGGUUAGUCCAAGCCCCUCAAACCGUCACAGGCCGUGGGCUGCAGACCCCACUGUGCAACAGACAUUGGCUUGGAGAGCAGAUGGUAGAGUGCUGCUCCAACCGUCCUCCAAACCCCCAGGUGGCCGAGGGCCUCUCCUCGUCCUGCUCCGUGCACAGUCCAGUGACACACGCAGCAGGGUGCCUCUCGGAAACGCUGCUCCGCUGCUCUGGGAGGGUGGUGCUCAUUCACUGCCAUGACUCACUGCCCCAGUCAUGGUCGGCUGCGGUGUCUGCCAGACAGCGCCAUCCUCCACCCAGUGAGCGCCACACCCCACCUUGCCAUUCCCACGGCUCUCCGGCUGGGCUGCUGUACCGCUGAACGUGCCUGAAUGGCUGUGUGGCCAGAGCAGGUGACUCGUGUUUACCCCGGCCAGAGGAGGCAAGUCCGUUCCAGUCCGUGUUUGCUCCUUUGCUGCUGGGGCCCAGGUCUAGCCUCCCCCCCCUUCCCCAGCACUGGGGCCUGACUUGUGACAAGCGUUCCCCAAUGCUGUGCAGUGCGAGUCUCUUGGCUAUGGGUAUUAGAUCCUGCCUAGUGAGCCCCAAACAGAACAGGGGCCCAAGUGCAAAUCCUCAGAUGCUCCACUCCUGACCCCUUGGGAAUGGAAUCAGCUUUGAUAUGUAUUAGCUGCUGGAACAGGAAACUGCAUCGCUAGGGCUGGGAGCAGGCAGAGCGGGACGGGGUGCUGGCAGGCUCUUUGAAACGCCCAAGGCAGCCCCAGCUGCGAAGCGGGAGGCUAGGCUAGAGAAUACCACUGGAAGCUGUCCGGGCAGGGGUGGGCAGAGCACAAGGACCCUGGGUUGAUUAACAAGCCAAGUCCACCGGUCUCCCCGCUCCGCAAAGCACUCUGCAUCUGACGGGGACAGCCGGUCCAGGAUGUGGCCCUGUUACGCUGGUUCCAGGUGUCUGUUCCCUUCUCAUACUGAUCCCCCUUGGCUAAUGGGACAGGAAGAACAGCCACCAUUUGGUAGGGGGAUAAAUAGCUGGGUACAGACUAGUUCAGACGCCUUUCCCAAGGCUUGAGAGUUCACGGUAUCCCCCCAGCAGAGACUGGGACCAUCCGGUCACUUCUCUGGCUUCAGGACCCAUCUAAGGGUUUGCUUGGGAGUGAUGCUGAUGCUAAAAAUCCAUUGCCCUUCCCCCAUGGCCAGACCCUCCUGGGAAUGGAGGGGCAGGAGGCACCUGGCUUCAUGUGUAUUUGGCCACCAGACCCUCCCAACCUUGCAGCCCAGCUUGUAUGCACCCUGGGGAGUCUGCUCCGAGCACCUCACCAUGCAGUGUUGGCUUCCAGCUUCCCCGGUGCACUCUGUGGAAGCAACUCCUACUCAUCGAGUUCGGCCGUGUUCCCACUGGUUGCUACAUGGGAGGAGCUCAGUGCGGUGUGACUCUGCUCUCUCUAGUGCCCAGGCCAGGCCAGCUCGGAAGUGGGGGGCGCUCACCCAAGAAGAUCAGUGGUGGCUCGUUACUCGCCCCAGACGCGUUCAGGAGAAGAUCACAGCAGCUGGGUAGUCUCGGCUUUCCCUACCCCGCCCGCUCCUCUUCUGCCCAAGCUGUGCUCUUAUGCGCAAACUGCUGCACGUUCUGACCGGGGGGGAGGGAUUGGUCCAAGGUUUGUGCGAUUUACCAGGUUAUGGAUCAGUUUUUAGGAGUAAUGAAAUGGGGGGGCGGGGGUUGGGGGCUGCCCGUAAUGUUAAUGCUGCAAACGGGUACCCUAGGCCCAGGGCCGGGUUAGGUGCAGUUUAGACAAGGUGGGGUGAAGCAAAUGUACCCCCGCCCCCGAAUGAUUGGUGAAAGCUUCUGCAGGUUGGGGUAAGGGAAGUGAGCAGGCUGGUGUGUUGCAGAUGGAUGGGCCGUGCAGCGCGGGGCAGAGGAGUUAGAGCAAGGCUUAGCUAUCACUUCAUGCUCCCAAGGGCUAGGCACCACAGGGGCCCUCCUUUAGGCUGGAGGGAGACUCACGCAGUGCCCAGCCUUGUGCGGUCUGCCCAGGGUGACAGUGCCCUGGCUGUGUGCGUGCAGGUGCUUGAGGAGGGGUGUGUGCGGGUGAUCAGCAGAGGGGAGGACUAAGUGUGGCAGCUGUUGUUAGAUCCAGGGGAUGGAUCGGCCCGCACAGCUCUGGUGACGUGUGGACUCUACAGCUGGGAUGUAUUUCAGUCUGCUAGGAAACACACUGACCUUGUGCUGAGAAAACAGGCGUGUAGGUGCAGUUUGUUACUGGACUUCGAAGGAAAUAAAGGCUGCGUCCUGCUCUCCUGGGGCCGUGGGAUUUCCACGCCGUGCCCUGUGGCCGGACAAGCGGCCGGGAGCCGGCGCUGUAAUUACAGAUUUGUUUUCCAUGGGUGCGUGUGCCUAGUAUGUUUAUUUAUUUUAAAUACCACAGCCUGGAAAGCCCCUCGUUCCACGCUGGGGACAGGGGAUCUGCCCGCUGGGACUCUGGCCCCUAGAAGCAACGACAGAGCCUCCCAUCCCCAUGUCAACCUGCGGCAUCACUGAGGCCGUGUCUACACGGGGAGCACUACACCAGCAGAGCUGCACUUUGUAGUAAUAUCCCGACCCCCGCCAGCCUGGGACAAACUCCGCUGUGCUAGCGUGUGGGGGCUAACGCAGGGACGGCGGCCAGCACAGCCGUGGGGUCGGGUCAGCUCUCUCCCCCUCACCCAGCACAGCGGUGGCAGCAGAAGGCUGUAGCAUAAACCUGGCCCUGAAUUGCUUAGGCCUGAGUCGCCCUUGGGGCACGUCCAGUGUAGACGCUGCAGGGAGCAUGGUCCAUCGCCUCUAGCGAGGUACAGCCUCGGGGUGCUGGGCGUGCAAAGGGCAGGCCUGGUGCGUCACCUCGUGGUGACAAUUGGUAUUACACUCAGCAAAGACCCCGAGCCCUCCCCUGCUCAGGGAUCGGUCCUCAGAGCACGGCUCAGCAGGCCGGGGGUAGCUUAGACAGGGCUGGUGGCAGCAUGCAGUGGGCUGAACAGCUGGGGAGCAGCAGCUGCUCUCCCGGACACCAACGGACCCACAACGAGCCCCGGGGGGUGAACGCAGAUGAUCGUGGAACCAAAUCCUGCAGGUUAAAGCCAGCCCAUUUUCCACCCUAUCGGUCUCCGCCGACUCCACGCUGGUUCCUGCUCCUGGCUUGAGCGGGCCAUAAAGCUGCUGCUCCUGGCUAGGCCCAUGCCCUGCCUAGAGCAGGUGUCGCGCAGGCUCUCGCUAGUGAUGCUGCUCCACUUUUGUUAUUGGUACCUUGGCGACCUACCUUUGGGGAGCCUGAGCAUUGCCACACAGUCCAUGGCGCAAGCAAAGAGGUCAAUAUGGGGCAGGAUGUGCAGUGAGGUGACCUGUCUCCGCCCAGGGAGGUGCAUGGCCAGAAACGAAGAGCCAGCCGGGUCCACAACCGUCCCACCCUCAGCACUACACCCUUGCUCUCCGCACAGCAGAGAGGGGGCUACAGCAGCCUGCCAGUCCCGCCGAGCGAGCCCAGCUCUGUCCUGCAGCAUGGACUGACCCCAAGCACUUCCCAGGCCAGUGUCAGCCGGAGUGAACUAUCCGGUCUACUUCAGCAGGCGUCACCUCGGCUCUGAAUUCAUCCGACGUCCACUCAAUGGGCAACGCCUGGAGACCUGCUAUGGCCCAUUGUUAGGGAAUCACAGGCCCAGGUGUAGGCCUCAUUUUGACAUGUCAGUAGUUUGUGGUGAGCCACGGUAGGAGGCUCACACGUCCUAAGGGGCAAAAGUGCACCGAACUCUUACAUGCUGUUGACAACCUGCCUCCCACCCUCCCCCGUAAAGGGCCAGUGGCCCCCGGCUCCACCCCUUCCAAGAGCUGUUUUUGGCAAUAAAAAUGAAGUGGAACUUUGUCAGAUUCA